UCUGCUCUAAAUGGAGUGUUAAUCUAGUUAGGAUCAUAUUUUUUGUUUUUUAAAAGAACAUAAAAUAUAUGAUGAAAAUUUGAAAACUUUGUAUACGAAAAUCUAAAAUCCCAGAAAUGGAAAAUUGAAUUGAAUUACGGUGUGUGAUAUGAUAUGAUAGAAGAAGGAUGAAAGAGGAAAAGGGAAGUUGAGAAGAUGAGUGAUUUGAUUGGAGAGUGGGUAUUAAAUAGAGGGAUGAAGGGGUUUUGGUGUGGCAGUUGCUUUGUAGAGAGAGAAGGAAAAGAGCGAGUGUGAGGGUGAGUGAGAGAGGAGCAUGGAGUUCCACCGCAGCGAUUCAUCGUCGUCGCCGUCUUCGUCCAUGCCCACACCCAACACCACCGAUCCCAAGAAACCUUCAACCGACCCAAUGCACUCCUGGUGGGAGUCAGUGUCCAAGGCUCGUUCACGCAUCCACGCCCUCGCCGCCAUCCUCCCCUCCUCCUCCCACGACCCCCUCUCCUCUCUCGCCGACUCCGACCGCCCCGCCCUCUCCCUACUCUCCUCCUCCGCCGCCUACUCCGCCGUCUCAGCCUCCCUCUCCGGCUCCCACUCCGACCCCCUCUGCCACUGGCUCUACGACACCUUCCUCUCCGCCGACCCCCAUCUCCGCCUUGUCGUACUCUCCUUCGUCCCUCUCCUCACCGGUCUCUACCUCUCCCGCAUCCACUCCCCUGAGCCUCCUUCCCUCGCCGGCUUCGAGGCCGUCCUCCUCGCCCUCUACGCCGCCGAGACCAGAUCCCGCAACGGCAAACCCCUCCUCGUAACCAUCCCUGACCUCUCCCACCCCUCCAUCUACCACGCCCCUCUCCGGAAACCCCAAUCCCUCUCCCCUCCCUCCGUCGGCCUCAUCUCCCCUCCCUUGGAACCCCAACUCGGCGUCAAAUCCACCAAACGCCCCGCCAUCGUCGGCGUCGCCCUCCACUCCUUCUUCUCCCAGAUCUCCCACAUGCCCGCCUGGUCCAAGCUCGACUUCUGCCAAUUCGCCGCCGCCUGGGCCGGCUCCGCCCCCUGCCCCUGCCGCAAUCAGUUCGACGACGCCACGGUUCCUGAACACAACGAGAUUCGCGACGCCAAAGGCGAGAGAAUCCCUCUCCCCUGGGAGAUUCUCCAACCCUCGCUCCGAAUCCUCGGACACUGUCUCUUGGGGCCGUUGAACUCUCAGGACGUGAAGGACGCGGCUUCCUUCGCGGUCCGCUGUUUGUACGCUCGUGCCUCGCAUGAUUUGGUCCCGCAGGCCAUUCUCGCCACCAGGAGUCUCAUUCAGCUCGAUGUGAGGACCGCUGAGGCUGCCAAGGCUAAUGCUGGUUCCAACUCCAAUUCCAACACACCCACCAAGGUCAAGAAGCCUGAGAUUCUCUUGGUUUCCAAGUGAUGAUGAUGAUGAGUAGUAGGAGGAGGAGGAGAAGGAUAAGCGUUGCUGCUGUGUACUAUUACUGUAGGUCUUCUUCAUACUGUAAGCAGAAUUCGUGUUUGUAUAAUAGAAACAUCAUAGCUGCAUUGCCGACUUUUUUUAUAUUUUUGUUUUGUUUUCUUUUUGCUUCUUCUAGGUUAUACAUGUAUGUUAAUUUAUUUUUUCCUACCGAGUGAUUAGGUAGCUGUAUUGACUUUCUUGAUGGAAUUAUGCUGUGCUUCGGAUGUGUGUGCGUGUGUGUGUGGCUUGUCUGAUCAUAAUUUUGUAAUUUCAAUGUGGUGUGUGUGGUGCUUCUUGCCUUUGGCUUAUUGCUGUACUCUCUGAAGAUUGAAGAAAAUUAAUGGGGUCUUACAAAUGA